GCGCAUGCGCAUUCUUGCUCCAUCAUUGUGUCUACAGGAGCAGGGCUGGAGAGACAAACCUCGUUCACCUUUAAUAAACCAACCCGUGUCAUUUCUCUCAGAAUCCACCGCUAGACUCGGAAGACAGGGAGGACUUCUGAAUUAUGAAGCAACGCUCCGCCGGACCCUCUCUCUCCUGCUCUAGUUACCACGACUCCUGCCGCAACCGUGAGCGCUUCUGCCACUGCUACUAGUGCUUUGGCUGGGACAAAAAGGCGAGUUCGCAGUUCUCGUCAGCUGUUGUCUCGUCACAUAUGGUGCAUUCUUUGCAUUCCUGAGUCGACAUCCCUACCACUCAGCUUCUUGCCAGCCGGUGGCAUUCAUAGGAUUUAUCAACACAGGAUAUUAAUAAGCGUGUGCUCUUGUUUUGCCUGGAUUGUACACGCUAAAGGCCUAUUUUUUUCACUUUCCACUGCCACACGCGUGGUGGCAGGACAUCGUAGGCCAUGGAGCCCAAUAUGGAGUACUGUCUGACCCAGGUGCUACAGAAGGAUGUUGCGCGAAGGUUGCAGAUGGGUCCGGAGCUCAUCGACUACAUCACAGAUGCUGAAAAGUGUCAGGACUUGGAGAGUGACCAGACUGCGCUGGAUAAAAUGGUGGACGGUAUCGCCACCUCUUGGGUUAACUCCAGCAACUUUAAGUUGGCUUUGUUGGGAAUAGACCUUCUAUCUGCCUUAGUGACAAGAUUACAGGACCGAUUUCGGCCCCAAGUUGGUACAGUUUUACCCAGCUUAAUAGAUCGGUUGGGCGAUGCCAAAGAUCAAGUCAGAGACCAAGAUCAAAUCCUGCUGCUGAAGAUUAUGGAGCAGUCAGCUACGCCACAGUACAUAUGGGACAGAAUGCUGGGGGGUUUCAAACACAAAAACAACCGGACCAGAGAGGGAGUCUGUCUCUGUCUCAUCUCAACACUCAACACAUAUGGUGCCCAAGGCUUAACUCUCAGCAAAAUUGUUCCACAUAUAUGUAAUCUACUUGGAGACCCCACAAGUCAGGUUCGAGAUGCGGCCAUGAACUGCCUUGUGGAAAUAUACAGACAUGUUGGAGAAAAAGUUCGGAUUGACCUUAGCAAAAAAGGACUGCCGCAAUCUAGGUUGAAUGUAAUUUUCAGCAGAUUUGAUGAAGUCCAAAGAUCUGGAAACAUGAUCCUCUCUUCAGGUUCAGAUAAGAACUUUGAUGACGAGGACUCAGUGGAUGGGGGCAGGUCCUCCUCCUCUUCCUCUUCCAAGGGCUUCUCCAGCAGCAGGAGAGGAGGCAGCAUGGGCUCAAUGAGACGACCCAGUUCUGCCUCUGGAUCCAGGGCUGCAGGGAAAGAUGGUGCCAGUGCAGGAGCUGUGGAUGAAGAGGAUUUUAUCAAGGCUUUUGAAGAUGUACCUGCAGUGCAGAUAUAUUCCAGUAAGGACUUGGAGGAUUCCUUAAAUAAGAUUCGUGAAGUUCUGUCUGAUGACAAGCAAGACUGGGAGCACCGCGUCACUGCUCUGAAGAAAGUGCGCUCACUGCUUCUGGCUGGUGCGACUGAACAUGAGGGUUUCAUUCAACAGCUACGACUUUUAGAAGGUGCCUUCAAGAUGUCGGCUAAAGAUCUUCGGUCGCAAGUGGUUCGAGAGGCCUGCAUCACAUUAGGACAUCUGUCUUUAUUGCUGGGGAAUAAAUUUGAUCAUGGGGCUGAAAGCAUCAUGCCGACGCUGCUCAACUUGGUGCCCAAUAGCGCCAAAAUUAUGGCCACAUCUGGAGUGGCUGUCAUCCGUCUCAUCUUACGACAUACACACUUCCCUCGCCUUAUCCCAAUCAUCACCAGCAACUGCACUUCUAAAUCUGUGGCUGUUCGACGACGAUGUUACGAGUUUUUAGAACUGUUAUUGCAAGAAUGGCAGACACACACUCUAGAGAGGCAUGUGGCGGUUCUCACUGAGACCAUCAAAAAGGGGAUCCAUGAUGCUGACUCAGAGGCCAGAUCUGUGGCCAGAAAGUGUUAUUGGGGAUUCCAUGGCCAUUACAGUCGGGAGGCGGAGCACCUCUUUCAGGCGUUGGAGUCGACCUAUCAGAAGGCUCUCCAGUCUCACCUGAAGAGUUCGGACAGUAUAGUGUCUCUACCGCAGUCUGACCGCUCCUCCUCAAGCUCACAGGAGAGCCUCAAUCGACCGCUGUCAGUAAAGACAGUCAUUGGCGGCCCUGUUACAAGAAGUAAAGUGAUCGGCUCUCGGGUAUCCUCAUCGUCUGGUUCUCUCCAGCGCUCUCGCAGUGACAUUGACGUGAACGCAGCCUCCAGUGCCAAAUCUCGCAUGUCCACCGCAACCUCACCGUCCCCUUUCAGCGCCGCUGCAGCCCUGCCACCAGGCUCCUACGCCUCUCUGGAUGGUGCUCCUGGUAAAAUAGAUGGUCGUGUUCGGACCAGAAGGCAGAGCUCAGGGAGUGCGGUGAACGCCAACAGCACUGUGACAGACAGCCGUGGCCGAAGCAGAGCUAAAGUCGUGUCUCAGUCCCAGCCCGGCAGCCGAUCCAGUUCACCAGGGAAGCUUUUGGGACAUGCUUAUGGCAGAAUUCCUAGAGCCACUGCGCCAACAACUCCCUCUGACAAGUACUCCAGGAUCCCACGAAGCCAGGGGUGCAGCCGUGAGACCAGCCCCAACAGACUGGGCAUAGCCAGGCUGUGUGGUAAAGCUCUUCUUCCUGCCACUUCUCCCUAUCGCACGCUAGCCCGGAGCAGUCGCAUCCCUCGCCCCAGCAUGAGUCAGGGGUGCAGCCGUGAUACCAGUCGCGAGAGCAGCCGCGACACCAGCCCCGCUCGGGGCUUCACUCCUCUGGCCUCUCGACGUCACUCUCGCUCCACCAGCGCUCUGUCCACGGCCGAACCCGUGGGCCAGUCAGAUCGCUUUGGUCUGAUCCAUCAGGCUCGCAUUUCUGCAUCUGUCAAUGCUAUGAGGGUGCUGAACACUGGUACAGAAGUGGAGGCUGCCGUGGCUGAUGCUUUGCUGUUAGGAGACUCCAGGAAUAAGCGCAAGCCAUUGAGAAGGAGGUAUGAGUCUGAUGACGAUGCUAACAGCGAUGCGUCCAGUGCCUGUUCAGAGCGAUCCUAUAGUUCCCGUAAUGGAGGUAUUCCUCAUUACCUGCGUCAGACAGAGGACGUGGCGGAGGUGCUCAACCACUGCGCUAGCUCCAACUGGUCUGAGAGGAAAGAGGGCCUGCUGGGUCUGCAGAACCUGCUGAAAAGUCAGCGUAUUCUCAGUCGUGUAGAGCUGAAGAGGCUGUGUGAGAUCUUCACUAGGAUGUUUGCAGAUCCUCACAGCAAGGUGUUCAGCAUGUUCUUGGAGACACUUGUGGACUUCAUCACUGUGCACAGAGAGGAUCUCCAGGACUGGCUCUUUGUGCUGCUCACUCAGCUGCUGAAGAAAAUGGGAGCUGACCUCUUGGGCUCAGUCCAAGCCAAGGUCCAGAAGGCUCUGGACAUCACAAGGGAGUCUUUUCCCUUCGACCAGCAGUUUAACAUCCUCAUGAGAUUCAUUGUUGAUCAGACUCAAACCCCUAAUCUGAAGGUGAAGGUGGCCAUUCUGAAAUACAUCGAGUCUCUGGCACGGCAGAUGGACCCUGGAGACUUUGUGAAUUCAAGUGAGACAAGAUUAGCCGUGUCUCGCAUUAUCACCUGGACCACAGAACCCAAGAGCUCAGAUGUCAGAAAAACCCUUCAUAACUGGGCAUGUGAGGAGUUGUCAGGCAGGCCCAGCACUACAGCUCUACUCCCCGGAGAGGGUCAACUGGAGGAGAGGUGUAAGCAGGCCGCCCAGGUUGUGCUGAUCUCGCUCUUUGAGCUGAACACUCCUGAGUUCACCAUGCUGCUCGGCGCACUGCCGAAAACAUUCCAGGACGGAGCCACCAAACUCCUGCAUAACCAUCUCAAGAACUCAAGCAACACCAGCAACGUGAGUUCACCAAGCAAUACAAUGGGCCGCACACCAGCCCGGCACCCCACCAGCAGGACUAGUCCACUCACCUCACCCACAAACUGCUCUCAUGGAGGUCUUUCACCCAGUCGGUUAUGGGGUUGGGGUGUCGAUGGGCUCUUAAAGCACCCCUCUCCCUCUCCUCCUCCUCCUCCUCCUCCUCCUUCGUCUCACUCCUCUAUUCCUGCCGGUCCCUCCUUAAGGGCUUUCCGCUGCGCUCUCUCUCCAAGUAUGCUGGAAUAUGACACAGAGAACAUGAAUUCAGAUGAGAUCUUUAGUUCAUUGCGUGGCGUCACAGAAGCCAUCCAGAGUUUCAGCUACCGCAGCCAAGAAGAUCUGAAUGAGCCAAUCAGACGCGAUGGGAAAAAGGAUGAUGCUACUGGGAAAGAAGCAGCGUCUCCGGGCUCUGACGCGAGAUUGGGAUUGGAUGUAGUGGAAGGAGGUCGAACUGCUCUGGAUAACAAGACCUCUCUGCUCAACACGCCAUCCCCGCGGUCUUUCGCUGGGCCGCGGUCAAGAGAGUUUGCACCCUACGGCUAUGGAGACACAAUCACAGCCUAUGACAAAAGUGCCCUGAAAGAGGCCGUCUUUGAUGACGACGUGGAGCAGUUCAGAGACUGCCGUCGGCAGGACUGUGGUGAGAACAAGAUGGUGCUGCCCAAGGGCUUUUCUCCUGAUCUGGUGGCGGACCUGCUGAAGGAGCUGUCCAAUCACAAUGAGCGCGUGGAGGAGAGGAAAGGAGCGCUGAUCGAGCUGUUGAAGAUCACCCGGGAGGACAGUUUGGCUGUGUGGGAUGAACACUUCAAAACUAUCCUACUGCUGCUGUUGGAGACACUCGGGGACAAGGAUCACACUAUUCGAGCUCUGGCUUUACGGGUCCUAAAGGAGAUCCUGAGGAACCAACCGGCACGCUUCAAGAACUAUGCAGAACUCACUAUCAUGAAAACACUAGAAGCCCAUAAGGACUCGCAUAAAGAGGUGGUGAGGGCGGCUGAAGAAGCUGCUUCUACACUGGCAGGUUCCAUCCACCCAGAGCAAUGCAUCAAAGUGUUGUGCCCCAUCGUCCAGACUGCAGACUAUCCAAUCAACCUUGCUGCUAUUAAGAUGCAGACCAAAGUGGUCGAGCGCAUCACCAAGGAGUCCCUGCAUCAGCUGCUGCCAGACAUCAUCCCUGGCCUUUUACAAGGCUAUGAUAACACUGAAAGUAGCGUCCGCAAGGCCAGUGUCUUCUGUCUGGUGGCCAUUUACUCUGUGAUUGGUGAGGAACUGAAGCCACACUUGGCCCAGCUCACAGGGAGCAAGAUGAAGUUGCUAAAUCUGUAUAUUAAGAGGGCCCAGACCACCAACAGCAACAGCAGCAGUUCUUCAGACGUGUCCUCUCACAGCUAGCCGGAUGUGCGCUAAUCAGUGCCCUUUACAUGUGCAUUUGGAAACAUAGUUGUGCCUCCUCCUGACAUCCUUUUUUUUAUUUGCUUCAACGCAAUCUUCCUGGAAUUUUUCUUGUCCAGAGAGAGAAAUGUUGCUCGCUGCAAUCAGACUUUUCUUUUCAUCCAACACCUGAAAACCUCUCCUAGUUUGGUCUUUCAUGAUCUUUCCAUCCGUUGAACAUUGAAUGUAAAGGGUUUCGGAUUGAGGAAACGUGGGAACUGAGCUUCCAUAAUUGGCAUUGAAUCUUUAAUCGGAGCAAACAUGCUUUCUGAAGAGGUUGUUCGUUAAAUACAUUGAUGAGUAAUAACUUAUUCAUGUUUGCAUAUGGUGUUAAAGGUUUGGUUGAGUUGUUUUUAAAAGGGCACAGUUGGGUUAACUAAUACAUCACUUCAAUUUCAGUGGUGCUAGUGGAUCAUUUGGCUGGCCCGAGUGAUAGAUGUAAAGAGAAUUAAUUUGUAGGUUUGGCUACAACGACAACCAAAAAAACAAAAGACAAAUGUAGGAUCUAAUCAUUCUUAUAUUAAUUUUAAUUUCAUGGGACCGCAAUAGCUUGUAAUGUUAAAAAAAAAAAGAUUUCCCAGUCUUUAAGAAGGCUAAUGUAAAGCAAUUGUGUUGAUUUUAUCAUAGGAUGGAUUGUGCGUUAAAAAAGUGGGCCUCGCCACAAAACAAGCACGAACUUCUGAAUGUACAGCAUUUUCUUUCAUCUACAGCCACAACGCUCAUUACCAGUUCUCGAAAUGGAGUUGAAAAACACGAUCCGAGCGACGAGAUGAAACAGUGGACGUGAAAAUGUCUGAUUUAUAUUUCGUUCUCGGAGCAAGUGGGUUUUUCGAAACUACUAUGCCUUACGUUUCAGUUUUCAAAACUCAGACUGUUAAAAUUUUAAUGUCCACUACACAGCUAAAGCAUGAGUCUACGACACUAAUGAAAACUCUCGGAUCUAGAUCCAAAACUAGAGGUCAUGUUACGCUAAAACAAACGAAAACAAAAGAAAAAAGUUUGAACUCUUCUUUUUUUUUUCCAGCUAAUGUUAAGUGCUUAGUGUUUUGUACAUACCUUUCAAUCAUCGCUUCUCACUCCCCCACUAAAUUAAGGUAAAAAUGAUGUUGCACUCUUUUGCACGUGAACAAAUAGCCUGCAUGUUUUGACGACCUGACCAUCCUGCGCUGUCGUGAGGUUGGUGACGUCAGCGGACUGUAAAUACAGUAUUAUUAUUGUUAUUAUUAUUAAAAUGUUGCCCAUGUGAGGAAGUAGACAAGUGCAGAACUCCAAACCGACCAAAAUGUCUGUUUGUCCUCAGACUGUGAAUCUGACCAUGUUAAAAAAUAAGGACAGACGAGCACCCUACUUUCCUUUAGUAUUAUAUACUGGGGCAUGUGGCUUUUAUUGGUAUGCUGAGUGUGCGUACCGCUUGUUUGUUUGACGCAGCUUUUCUUUCUAAAGGUUUUUAAGCGAUUACAGACCAUCGUUUUGAUUUAGAUUGGCGCUCUUCAUCUGUUUGUAAAAAGGACAAAGCCAGCUUUGGGGAUCAACAGUUGCGAGUAUUCCUGUAAUGGUAUUUCAAUGAAUUGUUCACUACGCAUGUUAGACUUUGUUAUGUCCAUCGGACACAGAUACAUUCUCUUGUAUUUAUACUUUUUUUGGUUAUUUCCUUUCCUGUCCAAAUGUACAGAUUUUGAUUUAUUUUAUUUUGUUUUUUUCAGAAGGCUUGUGAUAGAUUUACAACUUAAGUUUGGCCUAGAAAUAAAACAACCCGGAAACAUGAAA